AUGGCUGGAUCUAAUCAGACUGUGGUCAGUGAGUUUAUUCUUUUGGGCUUCUCAAAUCUAGGACAACUCCAGCUUCUCCUUUUUGGUGUAUUUCUUGUUGCCUACCUGGCAACUCUGACAGGGAACACCCUCAUCAUCUUGUUAACGAAAAUGGACCCUGCUCUGCACAGCCCUAUGUACUUCUUCCUCCGAAACCUGUCCUUUGCAGAAGUUGGCUUCAUAUCGUCUACUGUCCCAAAGAUGCUUGUGGACCUCCUUUCGGAGAAAAAGACCAUCUCUUUGUUGGGAUGCAGAGCACAAACCUACUUUUUCUUCUUCUUUGGGACUAUCGAAUGCUUCCUUUUAAUAGCCAUGGCGUAUGACCGCUUUGUUGCCAUAUGCAACCCUCUGAGGUAUCCCGCUGUAAUGAACAAGAACUUUUGCAGGAUGAUGGUGUUGGCUGCAUGUGCCUCCGGUUUUCCAGUUGGGACAAUACAGAGCGCAUGGCUUUUUAGUUUUCCAUUCUGUGGGUCCAAUGUCAUUCUCCAUUUCUUCUGCGAUACUCCACCACUUCUAGAGUUAGCCUGUGGGGACACUUCUAAAUUUGAGCAAUUUUCUAUCAUAGGCACCUUUACCAUAAUAUUGGCACCCUUCACAUUGAUUCUGAUCUCUUAUGUCCGUAUUAUCAGCACAAUUUUAAGGAUGCCUUCUACUGAAGGGCGGCAGAAAGCCUUCUCCACAUGCUCUUCACACAUCAUGGUCGUCACCCUGUUUUAUGGCACAGCUAGUUCGAUUUACUUUCGACCCAGGUCGAAUUAUACUCCAGAGAUCAAACAACUGCUUUCUCUCUCCUAUACUGUUUUCACUCCCAUGUUAAACCCAGUUAUCUAUAGCUUACGGAACAAAGAGAUGAAAGGUGCACUCAGUCGGCUGCUGAGCAGAAAAAUGAAUUGA